ACAAUCCAUAGCCACGAGAAAGCCCAAUUAUGUUGCGGAGACCCUGCUUACUGAAGCGAUGAUGGCGUUCUGUUGUUCUGCCCUGUCCUGUGUUGAACGAAACGUCGAAACCUGAAAGCGAACCAUGGCAGAAGGAGAACCAACCAACGGUUACUGCAGCAGCAGUGGCGAAGAAGACGGUGACGCCGCUUGGAGAGCAGCUAUCCACUCCAUUGCCCAAACCACCACUUACGUCUCUUCCACCACCAAACAUGCUCACCCAAAUGACGACGACGAUGAUUAUAGCAAACCCAAAACACAACAGCUUAAGCACCAUCAACUCAAGGCGCAAAAGCUUCUGAAUGAUAUAUUGGAAAAUACAAUAGAGAUAGUGAGAAAACCUGUCCCUGUCGAGGAUGAUGAUCCCAAAAUCGAUGAAUGCGGCAUUCGAUUGUUUAAAUAUGCUAAGCCAGGAAUAGUGUUUGAUCACGUAGAUGAACCCCAACCACCAAGGAAACGGCCUAGAAUACUUCCCGGAGAGGAUAUCAAUGAGAAAUCAAAGAAGUUCAGAAAACGGAUUAGAUCUGUUGCUGUGAAUGGGAUAGAUAUAUUAGCUGCAGCAAACGAUUCAUGCAAGAAGUCAUUAGCUAGAGUAGAAGCUAAAGAUGCAGCAGCAAAAGCUAAAGCAAAGAGAGAAGAGGAAAGAGUUGAAAAUUUGAAAAAGAUUAGGGGAGAGAGGUGGCUACCUUCUAUGGCCAAGGAGAUGAAGGUUAAAACUCAACGCUGACUUUUUUUCUUUCCAUGCUCUUAACUUUGAUGCUAUUUUUUGUAUAAACCUUUGUUUAUUUGUUAGUGUAGCUUGUUGUAUACUGAGGAAUUAUAAUUUAGGCUUGAGACGUUUUUCUUUCUUCUUUUUCACUAUAUUGUUGCAAUUCCAUUCAGAAAUCCACAUUCAAAUUUCCAAAAAUGUAAAACACUUGCUGGGUAUGAGGACCAAGGCUCCUUUUUUUGGAAUCUUAAA